GGUUGCUGGGGUUACAAGUUGAAUACGGAAGUGGCCCUCAUGGAAACAUGGCCGUGCAAAACUGGAUCGAUGUCCUGAAAUCUUCGCAGAAAACGGCCUUGAUACAGGACGGGAAAAGGAAGAUCCAUUACCUCUUCACAGAUGGAAAAGAAAUGGCUGAAGAGUACAACUUGAAAACAGAUGAACUCAUCUGUAGAAAGUGGCGGCAGAAAAGCACGCUGGGAGUUCAGGGUGUUUGGCAGGUAGAAGUUGGGGAGCCAGUAAACGUACCUGCAGCCCUCAACUCCGAUGUCAUUAAAGAAAACUGCUCCAAUCCGGUGUUUAUGCGCAAAGACACAAAAACCAGCUUUCAGUGGCGAAUCCGUAACCUUCCCUAUACCAAGGAUGUCUUCAGUGUUUCCAUGGAGCCCUCUGAGAGAUGCAUCAUCAUAAAGACCACAAAUAAAAAGUAUUACAAGAAGUUCAGUGUUCCUGAUCUGGAUCGAAGCCAGCUGCCGCUCGAUGGCUCCGCACUCAGUUACACACAUGCCAACAACACUUUAAUAGUCAGUUACCAGAAACCCAAAGAGAUUUUAACCCUGGAGCAGGAGCUGCUGAAGGAAGUGAAGAAACUGAAGGGGACCGGUGAAGGGGACGUCGACUGUACAACCCAGUGAAUUCUGAGUAUGACGAAAAGAAAAUGAUAGAGGGCUGCAUUUCAGGCAGCGCCUCAGAUGGUCAUAUCCCUCCUUACUCGCAGGCUUGUUUUUAAGCUUUUUGUUUGGCUCCUCAGUGCCUUGUCUCUGGGCUAGUGCUUUCAGUUUUGAUGGAUAAUUAUUCAAUCUGAUGUAGACAGUAUUAAUAAUAAAAAGACAACACACAGACA